AUGAUGCAAACCUACAACACCUACAUCCCUGGCCCGUACGAAAACUUUGCGGAGCAAGCCACAGAGGAGCGGGCCGAGAGCGGAGGGAACAGCGUCGGCCAAGGCACCAUGGGAGAGGGUGGCGGUGGUGCCGGCGGUGGUGGCAGCAUGGUUCCGGGAGGAGGCCAUGAGAAGGGGUCCGGAUCUGGAGGAGGGCUUCCGUGGGGCCACGCCACGCCGAUUCACGGUUCUCCGAAGGACCAUUUCUACGAACACGGUGGCCAAGUGGGGUACGAGCCCUUUGCACAGCCUUGGGUGUCCCAGUAUGCCACGGACGAAGGAGGGCACAAUGCCUUCAGCUACGAAGGCAAAGAGUUCGCCAGCGGAGGCAUGGAAAUGGGCUCUGUGGGCGACUUUGCUGAGUACAUGCGGGAUUAUGCUCUCGAUUGGCUCCCUGAGAGCUCCCAAGGGCAGGUGGAGUCCGGAAAGUCCGACAAGUCCUCCAAGGCCGUCUCACUAGCUGCAAUGCCAGAGAAUGAGGUGGGAGGGGAGUCGGCACAGCCUGAGGCGGAGAACUCCGAGGAGCACAGCUUCUCUGAGCCGUCCAUGCCCAUGCAACCACAGCUACCGGCAAGCGCCGAGCAGCCCGAAGUGCAUGCUCUGCAGGAGGACCCGGCCAUUGUGAGAGCGGAGGUCCAGGCAGCAGAGGAGGCAGCGAGGGCAGCGGCUGCCCUCCAGCAGUUGCAGCAAGCUGCAAAGGAUGGUGCAUACGCCCAGUGGACACUGCGAAGGCAUGGUCUGCGCUCUGCAGCCACUGCGGAGUCGAAUCGCCGUGCACAGGAGCUCCAGGAUGCCAUGGCGAGGCUCAGGCAGGUCACCCAAGAGCCGCUGACGCAGCAGAACGUGAAGGAGCUCGAGAAUGCCGGUCGCAGUGCUUCAGACGCCAUAAGCAGGCUCCAGGGGGCCGAGACCGCGGCUUUGCGCCAGCGGGCGACGGAGGCGAAGCGUCAGCUCCUGGAGGGUGCGAAGGGCUGGGUGGACGGCAUCGAGCACCAGGCAAAGAGCCCACAGCUUGCGCAGCAAGCCAAAGAGGCAGGAGAUCAGCUGAAAAAGUCGCUGACUGCCGCUCUCAGCGAAGCGACUCAGCGCACGGCGGAGGCCUCCAUGCAUCGCGCGGCAGAGCGUCGCGCCCUGCUUACGGGCAUCCUUUCGCAGGCUGCCGACAUGGCAUCGCCCGCCCAGACAGAUGAUAAAGCCGAGGAGGCGAAAGAGAAGGCGACUCCCGAGUCCUUCGUCCAGAGGUCCACUCCGACCACUCCUCUCCUUGAGCCCAAGAUGAAGGCAGUUUCGGGAGAGCUCCUCCUUGCCGGUGUUUGCGUGGUGGGAAGUGCCGUGUUUCCGGCUCCCCAGACUUGCAAAUUCAAGCGAAUUAGGAUGAUGGCCGUUUGGGGCUCACCCGUGAUUUUUGUGGCUCGGCAGCCUCCGGCCGCUCUGGCGACGGUCGGCGUCAAUGUGGCGUGGCUGCAGCUGGCGGGAGCGGUGCAUCGUUUGACCCCAGUUGAAUCCGGAGUUACACCGUUACACUCCUUUACUUACAGGGCAGACAUUGUCCUGGGCCCUCUUCGAAGUUUGCCUUGGUUUUCGUCGACUCAGACCAAGGAAGAGGACGGCCUCCUUGCUUGGAGGCAUUGGUUCUGCCAGGGUCUUGGCUUCGAAGCCUCUCAGGUGCUUGCAGUGGCCCUCAGCGCGGACGCGACAGGUAACGACUGCCCAUGUCCCGCGCAGGCUGCAGCUGCGGCUCAGCAGUCCCUGCUUGAAGCGAGCAGCGUGCUGGGCGAAGCGUCAAGACUUGACGUCAGACAAGAGCAGCAAGGAAGUGGCGGCCUCUCUGCGCAGGAUGUGGCCGCCCGCUUCGGCGGUUCCAGGCUUAGCGAGGAGCAACGACAUCGUGGCUCGCUGCUGCGUGCAGCUGAGACCACGCUUGCGUGCCUAGAUGACCGCGUCUCCGAGCCAGCGCUGACAACACCCGGCGGAGAGCUGGGCGAGUUCACCACGGCCCUGGCGGCAUAUCUUCAAGAGAAGGAUGGGUCUUCUGGAAGCCCUCCGAACCAGGAGGUGGUGCCCAGCCUCAGAAGCCCAGCAGCCAAAGUGCGUUCUUCACCGAGCACGGCCGCAGCCGCCAAGGUGGAUUCACUUCUGGGCAAGUAUCUGGACACGGUGCUUCCGUGUAACUAUCAGACGUUUUGCUGA